GCGAUACAUGUACAAGGCACUGGGACUGAGCUCUGGGACUGACAAACUCAUGCUCCACAAGCUCAAGGCCGUUCGCGCGCCUUCGCACUUCACAGCCGGUCGCCGCGUCCCUGCGCUCUCAUCCGCGACUUUCAACGGCAUUCGCCUCGGCGUCCCGAUGACCUCCGUUGCCCACGUCCAGGUCGCCACGCCCAAUGUGGCGCGUCGCGAGUUCAGCACGACCGAUGUCCCCGUGCCCUCGAUGGGAAAUCGGAUCUCGGAGAGUACCGUCGUCAAGUGGGUCAAAGCGGUCGGCGACUCCGUCGAGGUCGAUGAAGUUGUCGUUGUGCUCGAGACGGACAAGCUCUCGGUGGACGUGCGCUCGCCGCAAGCAGGUGUCGUUGUCAAGCAUUUGGCGACAGUCGGCGCCACGGCGCUGGUUGGUGCUCCGCUUUUCCGCUUGACUAAAGGCGCUACCAGUGCUGCUUCGACGCCGGCGCCACCUACCGGCCCAGAUACGGUUGGUGUUCCCAUCACGAUCAAGGUUCCGUCGAUGGGCGACAAGAUCUCGGAAGCCACGGUCGCUAGCUGGGCCAAAGAUGCCGGUGAUCAUGUAGAUGUCGAUGAAGUUGUUCUCGUUCUCGAGACGGAGAAGGUCACGGUCGAUGUCCGCGCCCCCAGUGCGGGUGUCAUGCAAAAACAGCUCGUCAAGGUCGAGGACGUUGUCAAGGUUGGUGCGCGUCUUUUCCAUAUGGUCCCCAAUGCUGCGCUGACCGCGACCCAGAAGCGCGCUGCUGCGGUCAAGGCUGCAGCCCUGCAAGACGGCAACAAAGCUGGGAUUCGAUCCGUACUCGCUCGGAUUCUUUCUGGGUUCGGAAAGCGCUCGAUCGAAUGACUUUGAGUAAACGUGACGUGGGACGCGAUUCACAACCCGUGGUAGCAAGUAGCAGAUCGUGGCUCUGGUAAAAUCAUUCGUGUAAGCAUUGCGAAUCAAAGGUUUAAGUUUUCGAA